AUGAAUACUAUUGUGAAGGAUGAUCUGUCAAGAGUUAGGGCUGUUUGCAAGGGCCAAUUACCUAACUUUCAUGUUGAUGAAGUUGGGGUAUACAGUCAAAUUGAUAUUUGUGGUGCCAAGUCUAAGGGGAAAAGUGUUAGAAAACAAGGUGACAAGUCUAAUGGGAAAUAUGUUAAAAACCAAGGUGACAAGUCAUCUUCAAAAAGAAAAGGACACAAUGUGCAAUCAUCUUCUAAAUGUGCUAGUGGUAGUCAAGACAACAUUAAAGACAAAAAUGUUGGUGAGAGGGGAAAUAAGUCAGACCCUCAAAAGAAGGAAUGCCCUUGGAUUAUUUUGGUAUCCAAAGAAAAAAAUGCUGAGACUUGGAUGGUCAAGACCUUAGUCACUAAACAUAAGUGUCUUGAAAGUAGAUCUGUUUAUCAUUGUACUUCAACUUUUCUCUAUAAACAAUUAAUGGAGCAGAUUGAGGAAAAUCCAACUAUUCCUGUAAAGGCACUUCAGGAUCAGUUUCAUAGAAAGUAUCAAGUAGAGGUCUCUAGAAUGAAAGCUUUUAGAGCAAAAAAUAAAGCACUUGCACAACUACAUGGUGAUUAUGAAGCACAAUACAGUGUUCUUAGGGAUUAUUGUGCUGAACUUGUGAAGACAAACCCAGGUACUACAGUUAAAAUUGAGGUAGAACCAUGCACAGAUCCAAGAUCUAACACUAGAAAGUUCAGAAGAAUUUAUGUAUGUUUGGGCUCACUAAAGCAGGGGUUUAAGGCUAUUGGUAGGCCAUUAUUAGGUCUUGAUGGUGCUUUUAUAAAGGGUCCCUACCCUGGUCAGGGCAUUAUCCCAGCAAUACAAAAGGUGUUCCCAUAUGCAGAACACAGGUACUGCCUAAGACAUAUUCAUGAGAAUAUGAAGAUAACAUUUAAGGGAAAAGCCUACAAAGAUAUGAUUUGGAAAUUGGCCACAUCAUCAACUAUUGAGUACUUUGAAGAAAACAUGCAAGAACUCAAAGCAUUCAAUGCUCAAGCACAAAUAUGGUUGUCUAGCAUCCAUCCUAAACAUUGGUCAAAAUCACACUUCUCUGGUAGGGCACUUUCAGAUGUAAUAUUAAACAACAUGUGUGAAGUUUUUAAUUCAAAGAUACUGGAUGCAAGAGACAAGCCUGUUAUCACACUUUUGGAGUUCAUCAGGGAGUAUUUGAUGAGAAGAAUUGUGAAUGUACUUAGAGUUCAAGAUGGUUGUGAUGGAUUGUUAACACCGUAUGGUAACAAAAAGUUUGAAGAGAUAAAACAUCAAGCAAGUAGGUGUUCAGUCAUCUGGAAUGGAGAAGACCAUUAUCAGGUUAAAGGCCCAACUGGUUUUGGUGUUGUGGUGGAUUUGAAAAGGAGAUCUUGUACUUGCAGAAAAUGGGAGAUCACAGGGUUGCCAUGUAAACAUGUAGUUGCUGCUAUAUGGAACAAGAAUAUGUAUGGUGGUAGAGGAAUAGAAUUGCCAGAGACAUAUGUUCAUCCAGUUUACACAAUGGAGAGGUGGAAGCAGGUGUAUAGGUUCAAGAUUUAUCCAAUCAAUGGCAGGACAUUAUGGCCUAAGACUAAUAUCCCAACCAUUCUGACAGCACCCAAGUAUCACAAGCCUAUUGGUAGGCCCAAAAAGGCCAGAAAGAAGUCAACAAUUGAGUUGGAAGAGGCAACAAAAGGUGGAAGACUUUCAAAGAGGGGGACUAUAAAGACUUGUUCCAAGUGUGGCAAAGCAAGGCAUAAUAGCAGGACCUGCAAGGGACAAGAACAGUCUUAG